AUUUAUUUCUCUUAAAAUAAAGGUAUAAAAGACAAGCAAAACGCCCAUCAUUUAGAAAAGAACUUUAAGCUCCUUCAUAGGUCUAAUUCUUUACAUCGCUCUCAACCCAAAUAUCUUUCAGCCCGUCGCUUUCCAAACCCAUUCCUCACCAAACUUAACCAAUCAUUUUAAUCUCAGCCAUGCAGAUCAUCGCCACCCUUCUCGUCGCCGCCUCCGCCGUUCUUGCCCAGCAGGUCGGUAGCACCUCGGGCCCUAUCGUUUCAAGCGGGUCUACUGCCAUCAGCUCUCCCAAUGUCAACAACGGCAACCAGGUCCAGAACUCGAUUGAGAACUCUGGUGUUUCGGGAGGCAACACAUACUCUGGCAUCUCCAACAGCGCCUUCAACACCGCCUUCUCAAACUCGGCCUCCGUGAACAACAACAACAUUAAUCCCACGCAGCACAGCAUUGCGGGCAACACUGGUUCAACCGUUAGCGGUCAAGGCAACAUCUUUGGCAGUGCAUUUGGUACCGGAGCUGUCCCUCCCUUCUUUGCCUUUGGCAAGCGUGAUGCUAUUAUCAACAACCAUGGCCCUGUUGGUUACCCUGCUGGCUACCCCCAUGGCUACCCUGCUGGCUACCCCUAUGGCUACUACCCUUCCCAUGGCUACUACCCUCCCCAGGUCUACGCUCCCGCCCCUGUUGUUCGCUAUGCUCAGCCACCUUACACUGUCGGCAUCCCCGCUGCUCACAUUGAGCACAAGGCCCAGAGUGCCAGCAUUGUCCAGAACCAGAACUAGGCUUAAGUUUGAUGGGUUCUAAGUGACUGGGCUGCAUUUUUUGUAAAGUAGUUUCAUUUUAUUUUCCCCAUUUCCUAUUUCAAUACUUAAUUUAACUAUAUUUAUUUGAUUUCGAUCAUUCAUAUAUAUUCAAUAAAAUCUAUCAUAA